ACUAUCAGUAUAAGCCCCAGCUCGUACGGAAUAACAAGUUAAAGUCCUACAUUUAAAUAAAAAAAAAAAAAUAUUAUUUUUUGUGUGUAUUCUGUGUUUUCUGUGAAUUCACAAGUACGCAAGAUGCCUAUGAAUAUCAGCAACCGGUUCAUGAUGCUGGAAUGUCUUCGGGAGAAUGCGGCCAACAGACGUAUCGAGGAUCAGGCCCUGUUGGACCGCAUCAGUGCUGCCCUAGUGAAAUCCCGCGAGAGUCUCCGGAAAAUACAGGAUAUGAACAAUCAGCUGAAGGUGAUAAAUAUUUCUGUUAAAAAUGCCCUGGCCUCGAUCCGUGACCCAGCGCCAGCCGAUGUGGCGUAUGUUGUCAAGGAUAUUUACAAUAUAUUGGUGGACAAUGUCGUUGCGUCUCUAUCCAAUCCAGUAUUUGCAUCAGUGGCUCAACGUCUGGAACCUGAAAUGAUCAUCCCAUUGGACUCUGCUCCAGCUCCAGAGGAAGUUGCCCAUCCAGACUCGGACCCUCAGCCUGUUGCAGAGCCUUCUGCUUCUCCUGAGUUUUCUUCUGAAUAGACGCUGCUACACCGUUGACGACAGACACGCUGACAAUCCUAUACACACCUACUAUGUUUUCAAAUUUGUGUUAUUUUUUUCGUAUUAAUUUGUAUUAAAAUUUGGGUUUGAAUGCA